UUUUUAUAUAAAACACAAGUGCUGUUGUGGCUGCUGUAAUAUUACAUUUUAUUUUUAAUCAUAUUAAUCAUUAUCGCCUACUCCUACUUUUGGAGUAAUUGAUGUUAAUGUGAUUACUUAAUAGAAUACAUUUUAAGCGUAGCCCAGAGUUUUUCUCCAGGAACUGUUUUUUGGAUGCUUGCGGAAGACCUCGCUCGAGUCCAGCCGCAGUGUUUUGCCGCGCUCGCGCGCAGUCGAGUUUGGAGUCUGACCCACACUGUCGAGUGACUCAAUGACCGUGAAGUAAAACCGCCAAACCGCGCCCGACGAGACUAACCACGCGUGAAAUUAAGAGGGGUCAAACGGCUACUUAUGUGUUUUUACAAGCAUUUCGCUUAUGGCAAAUCGGGAAAAGAACAAAAAGACACUUCUAGAGUUGGCGAAGCUGCCAGAGAAUAGCUGCUGUGCUGACUGUGGAGCUGCAGAUCCAGAUUGGGCUUCAUACACACUGGGAAUAUUUGUGUGUCUGAACUGUUCUGGAACUCAUCGUAAUCUUCCUUCUAUAAGUCGUAUCAAGUCUAUACGCUUAGACUUCUGGGAUGAUGAGCUUGUGCACUUCAUGAAGGCCAAUGGAAAUCGUACUGCCAAAAACUUCUAUGAGAAAUCUGUCCCAGUCUUUUAUUAUCAUCCCCAACCAGACGAUUGCGAGGUCCUCAGAGAACAAUGGAUUCGAGCCAAAUACGAAAGAAUGGAGUUUACAGAGGAAAAAACAGAAAGACCUUAUACAGCAGGUGUCUAUGAGGGCAUGCUGUGGAAGAAAGGAAAGGAUAAUGGACAGUUUCUCGAGAGGAAGUUUGUUCUUUCAGUGCACGAUUUUACCCUCAAAUACUACAAGGAGGAUGAAUCUAAGGGACCAAAGGCUACUAUUUCUGUGAAGAACCUGAAUGCAACCUUCCAGCCUGAGAAGACAGGACAUGCUCACGGCCUUCAGAUCACCUACUCUGUGGAUGAUCACACCAGAAACCUUUUUGUUUACCAUAAAAAUGGACGGGAGAUUGUCAAUUGGUUUAAUGCCAUUAGAGCUAUUCGCCAUGUCUACCUGAAAACAGCCUUUCCUACAGCUAGCGAUGGAGAUCUAAUACCAUGGAUAACCAGAAGCUAUUUAAAAGAGGGUUACAUGGAGAAGACUGGCCCACUGCAGCGAGAGCCUUUCAAGAAAAGAUGGUUUAUUUUGGAUUCCCUGGACAGGAAACUACUCUAUUUUAAAACACAGCUGGAUGCCAUUGAGCUUGGGGUAGUUUUCAUUGGCUCAGAGAAUCAUGGAUAUUCAGUGAGAGAGUGUGUCCCUAAAGGGACGAGAGGCAACAAAUGGAAGUGUGGGGUAAUAGUGGAGACGCCAGAUCGUCAGUUCGUCUUCAUGUGCGAGCAGGAGCGCGAUCAGAGAGAGUGGGUGGAGGCCCUCAAAACAGUCAUCUCCAAACCCAUGAUGCCGCAACAUUACACCACUGAAGCCAAUAUCCGUAGACGGAGGUGAAGACCAUGACUGGAUGGGACAAUAAGCUCAGACUCUGUCACUAAAUUUAUUUAAAAUGAACUCUGGCAUGCUAGGUAAAUCUAGGGUUAAAACAUUCGAGUCCUAGACACUCAAAGGGAAACGUGGAAGAAUGUGACUUUUUUUGGGGGCAUUGUUUCCGAACAAGCAGUUUAAAAAAAAUUCUCUCUUGGUGCAUUUUGGGAUGUGAAACCAAUCUGAGAAGACUGCAGUAGGUCAGAUGAGGACAGACUAACUGGUUGAGCUCUCUGAGGAAAAUAUGAAUGCAUCUGAAGAUGGAUAAGAUCUGGCCUCUCAGAUCUUGAAACAAGUCUUGACCAAGAUGAGAAUCGCAUUUUAGUAAGAGGUCAAUCAGACUCACGUGUGACUGUGAGUCCACAUGCAGGAGCUGAGACACCAAAUAGAAGCAGAAAAUAAGGAAUUAUGCUUGUACAGAAAUGGACACGUGCAAGUGACGUGAAGUGAGUGAUGAAAAUGCUAAUCGUUAAACGCCUUGGUUUCAUAAACUGACAUUUGGCCAGUUUCUAUUUUGUGAUAAUCAUGGGCGACUGAACAAAGCUGAUUUGUUUUGAUGUUCACUAUUCUUCAGAUUUGUUUAUAUUAAAAUCUAUUUUCAAACCACAUAUUA